AUGCCACUAAUUCUCGACUCACCGUCUGGGUCUGAGUCCUCCUUCGAACCGCGCAAGUCAGGUCCACAGGAAGAGCGCCGAAGAAUACACCACACCGGCGAUGUCGUUAUUGUCGGCGCCGGUGUGCUCGGCUCCGCCCUCGCUAAGGGCUUUGGCGAUCAGGGCCGGAGCGUAAUCUUGCUAGAAAAAUCAUUGAAGGAGCCAGAUCGGAUAGUCGGCGAGCUCUUGCAGCCAGGCGGCGUGCAGGCCCUUCAGGAGCUGGGUAUGGAGGACUGCGUGGAGGACAUCGACGCAAUUCGGGUCAAGGGCAUGUCAGUGCAAUUCUACGACGAGAUCAUUCAAAUACCAUAUCCUGCCGCGAAGCCGAUAACACAGUCCCGCUCAAAUUCGAGAAAAGAAGACUCGCCUAGCAAACCUCAAGGCCGCUCCUUUCACCACGGCCGCUUCGUCGCCAAGCUUCGCGCCGCCGCAAUGCGACACCCGAACGUCACUGUCUUCGAGACCGAAGCCACCAGCGUCAUAACAUGCGAUGAUUCAAAUCAGGUGCUGGGCGUGCAAGCAAUAACCCGCAAGACGCAACAAGACUACUUCUUCGCGGACCUGACCAUCAUAUGCGACGGAUAUGCGUCCAAGUUCCGCAAGUCAUAUACACACCACACACCAAAAGUGAAGUCCAAGUUCUGGGGCAUGGAGCUGAAGGACUGCCGGCUGCCAUUCCCAGAGCACGGCUUCGUCAGCCUCGCAGACCGACCACCAGUACUCCUCUACCAGAUCGCCACCCACGACACCCGCGUUCUAGUGGACAUCCCAGACAACGCGCCCACAGCCUCAGUUGCUGCUGGUGGCGUCAAGAAUCAUCUCCGCAGCGUCAUCUGCCCAACCCUCCCCUCAGAGAUCCGCCCCUCCUUCCUCGCCGCCCUCGAAGCCCCAGGCGCCCUCCGGUCAAUGCCCAAUUCCUUCCUCCCACCCACCACCAAUCGCACGCCCGGCCUCGCCCUCCUCGGCGACGCCCUUAACAUGCGCCACCCACUCACCGGCGGUGGCAUGACCGUGGCCCUCAACGACGUCGUCCUGCUUACCACCCUCCUCCACCCCUCCCAAGUCCCCGAUCUCGCCGACACAAAGCUCGUCCUCAAGCAAUUUAAGACCUUCCACUGGCGCCGCAAAAACCUCACCUCCGUAAUCAACAUCCUCGCCCAAGCCCUCUACUCGCUGUUCGCCGCCAACAAGCCGGAGCUGAAAUACCUCCAGCGCGGUUGUUUUCGGUAUUUCCAGCUGGGCGGAGCGUGUAUUGAGGAACCGGCGGGUCUGUUAGGUGGGAUUAUCAGGAGGCCGAUUGUGCUGGUGUACCACUUCUUUGCGGUGGCGCUGUUGAGUAUUUGGGUGUUGUAUAAAGAGGGUGGGCUGUUGUGGUUCCCGUGGAGUUUUGUGAUGGGGUUGAGGGUGUUUUGGGAGGCCGUGGUGGUCAUUGGGCCGUAUAUUUUGGCGGAGAUGAAGAGCUAG